UUCAUCUUCCAUUUGGGCUCUUGUAGUUUUGAAACGUUUUCAUUCAUUUUCCUUUUGGAUUCUUGUUACUUUUGGGCUCUUGUUAAAUUUUUUUUUUUUUUUCAUCCCUUUGGGCUUUUAUUACUUUUUAAAUAUUUUAUCAUCUUCGUUUUGGGCUCUUAUUAUUACGUUCUCAUAUUCUUCCAUCUUGAAAAAUUUCUGCUUAUUUACAGGAUCACUCAAACAGUUCACAGGAGAUGUUGGCCCGUAUGACUGGACCUCUGGCAUGGGAUGACCCCUUCGUACUGGAUGUACUGAGGAAUUACUUCCUUGAUCCUCCCUCCAACCUGCCUUACAACCUCACUAAUCAUAUCUGGCUCUCCAGUGGUAAAUACAUGUUUACCUGGCCUUGGAUAUACUUCCGUUUGCACAAACUCUUCUCGGGGCAGAGAGGUGGGUUCUUCGUAGAGGCCGGAGCACUCGACGGUGAAUACCUCUCUAACACUCUCUGGUUGGAAGAAAAGAUGGGUUGGUCUGGGCUGCUGAUCGAAGCAGAUAGCGUUAAUUACAGAACCCUGAAGGAAAAGCGGCGCAAAGCCUGGUCUUCAAGCACCUGCCUCUCCUCAGAGUUGUAUCCUAAGGAAGUAGUAUUUGUUUCUCGUUAUGCCAAAUCGAAAGGUGUACUUUCGCCUUAUGCAGCGCGAUCUCACGGCCACGAGUUACGAGACGACAUCAACCAGACAAGACACGACUACUUGGACGACAAGUCAUUCUCCGUGACGCAGUGCUUCCCUCUCGCCUCCUACCUUGCAGCUCUCAACGUAUCCACCGUUGAUCUACUCUCGUUGGACAUCCAAGGCAUUGAGGUAUCCGUUCCGAACUUCCUCACCUCCAGCAACAUCCCCGUCAGAGUGAUUGUGGCGGAGAACGAGUACAACACCUUUGAUGACGUGUUCCUUAAGUUCAUGGUAGACAAGGGCUACAUCAUCCUGGCUGCCGCUAUCGACUACCUGUUCGUUAAGAAGGAUGAUCCCGUCCUAAUGCUAGCAGAAGUGCAGGCUCUUCUCAAUAGCACUUUCGCGACAUAGCUUACAUGACAGUAUUCAGUUUUUUGUGGUAUAUUUUAAGACAUCUAGGAGAGUACAGAUAGGAAGCGCAUAUGUCUGGCGCUCGGAAGACGGAGGAUGAAGCCUCCACCACGUCUUGCGCUGAACAACAAACACAGGUUUAGCGCUUAACAUGAAUUAUUAUAUAUUAUUGUAAUAUAUUUCAAUUUAUGACAUAAAAUAGAAAAGCACAAAUUGUUUACAAAAGCACCAAAGCAGUUUGGAAUCUGUACUGGGACAGUGGUUCGUGUGGAGAACAAGCUUGAAGAACAAGUCUGAAGAACAAGCUUGAAAAAUAAGCUUGAAGAACAAGCUUAGAAACAAAACUUGUAGUCCAAGCAUUCAGACCAAGCUUGGCGACAAAGCCUGGAGACCAAGCUUGGAGACCAAUUUGUUUUUUCAAGUCCAACUUAACUAUCACACAAUAUUUUUUACAGCAACGUAACACAAAACUAAACACAACGAUGGCGUAACAUAACCCAGCCAAAGCACACUAAGAAGCAACACAACACAACACCGCACAACACAAAACUGUACAGCACAAUAGAAUGUGUAUUGCACCAUAGCACCACGAUACAGUAACAAAAAAAAAAAUCACGGUAAAACACGUCAAUCCACGACAACCCAACUAGAAAACACCGUCGCUGAGUACAACACCACACUGAAGCUGUCAAAAAUUUUGACUGUAGCGAUGACUUUAUCUCUUUUACAACUCUGUUGGGUAUAUAGGUGAGUACAAAUAGGAAGCGCGUCUGUCUGUCGCUCAAGUAGACUGAGGAUUAGGC